AUGCGCCUUUUCUUGAUCCCUAUCUCGACUAGACGGGCGUUGAUAUAUGCGCGACCGCUUCGAAGAGACACCGCCAAGGAGCUUUCGAUAUUGGACCGCGUGACAACAAAGGCGGCACAAACAUGGGCCGGCUGGGAGGAAGCUGAGAAGGGCUGGAAGAAACACCUGGUGACCUGGGGAAAUAAGGUCCAGCAACGGAUCCCAUUUGAAGAAUGGGGUCUCAAGAGCAUUCCGUCCCUCACGACACAGCGACGAAUUGAUGAGCAGUAUGGGUCUAAGAUAAUUGAAGUUCUAUACCCGGCAAAUGCUUUGCGAUUGGAAAAAGUCCCCACGCUUCUGCGUACCAUCGCCACAGAACGGCAGGAGUUUCAUCAAAAGAAGAUGCGGUGGAGCCUCGGCAUAGCCCCUUUAACAGCACCCUUGGGUUUGAUCCCAGUAGUCCCGAAUAUUCCUUUCUUCUACCUGGUCUACCGAGGAUGGUCUCACUGGCGCGAACCUUAUCAACCCUACAUCUCCCCGGAAUUGGAGGAGCUGUACGCCAAGCGAGCCUCGCGCACUCUGGACAACAUACCGGCCGAUACACCCGCGUCUGAUAUGGUUGAUGGUAUGGAGCAAAGCGAUGAUCGUAUAUUACUGAAGAUGUCCGACGCAAAAAGGCUAGCGACCAUUUUCGAAGCACCGGAGUUGGCGCUGGAAGCAGAGCGAGCCAUCAUCCAAGUUGGUGAGCAGCUGGAGGCCAAGAAGGCGAAAGCGAAAGAAGACGACCUAAAAAAUGAGAAGAAAGAUUCAUGA